GAAGUACGGGGCUCAUGGGCGGCUGCUGCAGCAGCAGUCGAAGGUCACAGACGACGCGAACAAGAAGGGGGCCCUGGCUAUGGACAAGUUGCAGGGCGCGUUCCACGCUUCCUGGUUCCCGUGGGCCGCCGUCUCGUCCAAGGGUGCAGGGCCGUCGAGGUCGUCUCCGGCUGCGGGCGCCUCUCGGAGGCUCUCGCCUGCAGCGGAGUCCCAGCAGUGGCCCGGGGCGUCAAGCCAGGCGAGCCGAGCUUGGCUCGCAGACGAGGUCGAGACACUCGCGCUGCUGCCUAACGCUAACAUGCAGGUAACGGACUCCUGCCAAUUCGUGACGCGUUGGAAGAAGGUGAAGAGCUCGCUGGGCAGCCAUAGCAAGGCCCGAUUCCCAGCCAACGAGCUGAAUGUCACCCAGUUCUUGCAGGGCAUCGCCGUGCGCGCGAACUCGUUUGACGGCGCGCAGGAGUCCAUCGCGCCGCAUGCCGCGAGAUUGGACAAGCUCGAUAUGACAUUGACAGGCAUUCUGUGCCUGGCGCUAGGGCGGGCGGCGAAUUGCGGCAUCUCGAGCGCCCAGCUCUUCUGCGACGUUUUCGCCCGGCGCUUCCUGGCCCUCUUACUUCGCGCUCAGCGAACCUGCGCGUGGGCCCCGGCGAUCUCGGGGAAGGCGUUCGUCUGGGCAGGGCGCGCGGCAUGGCACCGAUCGCUGCGAUUCUGGGUGCGAUGCCUUCUGCCGGAGCUCCUCAAGUGCAAGGACCUUUGCUCGAGUAUGGGCGAGAGCUGUACUCGCCGUGACUAUGAUGCUGAUAAGCUCAACGUGCUGCGUCGGCCCCCCUCGGACCGACCACAGCAGCUGCGACGCGUGGCCCCCUCGCGCGUCACCGAAAUGCUCGACGACUUCGACUCGGAGGUGGUGCGGUCCCGUGACAUUCCCGAGGGCGAGGAGAUCGUCGAGCCCUACUGGGACCCGCUCCUCAACCCUCGAGACCUGCGGAACCGCGGCCGCCUCGUGGACUUCCUGCGCCGGAUGACAAGCCCCGGCUGGGCGGCCUCCAGCUCGUGCCAGCGCGGCCCGCGUCUGUCCAGCUCGGCGGUGAGCUUCGCGAGCCGGUCGUUGAUGGCCGGCGCGCUGAGCGAGACCAGGUUCCCGCCGUCGGCGUGCGGCGCCCAGACAACCGACUCACUCGCCGGCGAGAGUUGGCGAUCGGGCUUUGUCGAGACACCAGCCGUCGCCCGGGAGCCCUGCCACGUCCAUCGCGUCGACGAGAACCCCGCGGCAGAUCCAGAAGGCCCGGCGGACUCGGAGGCGGGGCCGCCCGCCUGGGCCGUGGCGGUGGCGCCGCCGGGGGGAACCCGCUUGCUGGUGAGGUUCGCCGGCGAUGAUUGGACUCACGAGCGGCUCCUACUCUGGCCCGUCCACCGUGACCGCCGCCACGAGUGCUGGGUGGUGGAGACGCCGGACGGCGACCGCUACGUGGAGCGGAAAGCGGACUGGCGCUGGCACGUCUCGCUGGCCCACGGUUGGCACGAGGGUUUCCGCGGCGACGUGGUCAGGUUCGAGGGAGAGCUCUCCCGCGAUGUGCUCCGCCAGAUGUGCUCCGCUCAGCCCGCUCGCGAGCUCGAGCGCGGGAAGCGCCGCAGACGUCGCUUGCCCGCGGGGCUUGGCGGCCACUGGACUGGCAUGGCGACGAGUUUGGCCUGGGCGCUGGAUUGCUCGAUGGACGCCGAGACGGUGCUGCUGGUGGCGGAGGUGCGCGCUGGUGGCGGGCUGCAGCGUUCGCCGAUGCUGGCCGGGUGGCUGAGCGGGGUGCUCUGGCCGGCGCCGCGCCGCCCGCCGCCGGGCCCCCCCAUCGACCUCCGCGACCUGGCCCGCGCGGAGCCCACCGGAGUAGGAGGCGCCGACGCUUUUCGAGAUGGCGGCGACGCCGCCAGCCGCGAGGACGUCCGGACCCUCUCAGUGGAGUGGAACGAGCAGGGAAUCCGCUCCAAGGAGUUGCGCUGGACGGUCGGGGAGAGCUGCGGGGAGCCGCUGGACGGCUGCGAGCUCCGCGGCGCUGGCGCCGCGCUUCACCUCUGCCAGCUGUUCGCGCAGCACGGCGGCGACCCGAAGACGUGGAAGUCGAACUUCUGCAGGGGGUGCGGGAUCGGCCAGCGCGACCGCGCAUGGCAUGAGCUGAACUGGCUGGUGACUAUCUUCUGGUUGGCGGGGACCUUCGACACGGCGAACCUCGGCGGGCUGGCCUGCCUGGAGGUCGCCGCGAGGCGGAUCGCCCAGAUCACCGAGGCCCGUCGGGUCGCGUCAGGGCAGCCCGCUGCUUGGGAGGCUGGCCGCUUCUUGACGGGCACUAGCGACCCUUUCGAUGUGGCCUCGCCCGAGCUGCGGAGCUUCGCGAACCGCUCGGCUCGCGAUGAAGCGGGCCGCCUGACGGCGCUCGGCCGCGGCAGGACGCUGGCAGCGGGCGGGCGCUGUGCCGGCGGCAUCGAGGAUGUGGCAGGCGCGCUGGAGCCGCCCCCCGGCCUGGGGGCAGAGGCCACGCGCGGCGGGCAUGUCUACCUUCUGCCUAAGCUGCGCCAGCUGGGCGCCGACCUGGCUGCCCCCCUCGGCCGCCGCGGUCGAGCGCUCGUGCGCCGGUUGGCCAGCGAGGUGCUGGCAAGUCUGAAUUGGUUGCGCGGUGUUGAACGGCGGCCUUCAGGAGCACCGCCUAGCCUCGCCGCGCGCAGCCGCGUGGCGGACACCCAGCGCGAGACGCUGCGGCGGGCGCAGACCUUGGCUGCAAGCUGGUGCGCGUCGGCCUGCGCGGGCGAUCCGCAGGUUGCCGAGCGCGAGAG